AUGAAUAAUUUUGGAUCAAUUGUUUUGUGCUUUGUUUUAUCUUAUUCCAAAUCAGAAGCUCAUUAUCUUGUUGUUUUAAUGAGCGCUCAUUUCACUGCAGAAGAUGGUCAUGAUGCCGUCUACACUACUGAAGGUUACUACAACGCACAGUUUUUGAUCUCGUAUAACAGCACAAUUGGCAAAUUCAUUGGCUACACCGAUGAAGUACAGAAAUUUGCAGAUCUCGCCAACAAAGACCAGCCUUUUAUGGAAAACCAAAAAAAAAUCCUUGAAGAUAUUAAAAGAGCUGUUCCAGGUCUAUCUAAGUCUUUAGACACAGUUAAGCCUCAAGUACGAGUGUUCUCCACCAGAGCAGGAGGCAGGCACAAGCCUGGUUUCCUGGUGUGCAGUGCCCUCAGCUUCUAUCCUAAAAGCAUCUCUCUGACAUGGCUGAAUAAUGAGAAGGAGGUGGUAUCUGGUGUGACAGUCACUGAAGAGAUGUCCAAUGGAGACUGGCUCUACCAGAAGCACUCUUAUCUGGAGUAUACACCCAGCGCAGGAGAACACAUCUCCUGCAUGGUGGAGCACGCCAGCCUCCCCGCUCCUAUGAUCAUCAAAUGGGAGGAAAAAGAGGCAUUUUCUGAGUCACAGAAAAACAAGCUGAUGGUUGGGAGUGCAGGGCUGCUGCUGGGACUGGUGUUCAUUACAUUUGGAGCCAUUUACUCCAACAAACCGAGAGGUCAUGUGCUAGUUAUGCAGUAA